UUAAACUAUACAACAAGAACCACUGUCAUUCCAGCCAAUAUUUGCAAACACAAAACGUCUCUUCGUCAGACAAAAACUGAAACUACAAAAUCAGUAAUAAAUAUUCUAAGCAUCGUAACGGAAUCGAUAAAACUUUCGUUUAAUUCGACGCGUACAACACUACGCUGUAAAUACUGAAAGGAACCGAGUCACCAAACCCUUCGUUUAAUAAAUACUUAACGAAUUAUAGUGGGAAGAAAGCGGAAUCUGCGAUGAGCACGGCAAGGUAGAAAUAAAGAAAAAAAUGAUCGAGCAAACGAAACCCAAGAAAUCCGUACUUCAAACAAAGCAUGGAACAACGAACUUGCGAUCCCUCAAGACAAACAACAACCGAGGACACAAAUCAUUCGAUGCGACAAUCCAAAAUCAUUCAGCCACGAAAUUUCCAUCGGAAAACACGAACAUCCCUGAUCAUUCGUUGUAUAAUUACACGCCUUAUAAUUGCCUUUCGAAAAGCUUGGCGCUUCGAAAAAGCGCGAAUUUCAGCUCCACAUCGGCUUGGGACAUCAACGGAAACCUCAGAAACAACGUGGAUCGUCCAUUGUUCCCCAAAAGCUUGAAGAAGAGUUGCUCUCAGCUGAACCAAUCAAACGCGAUCCUUCCGUCGAUCAGUUCGUACUUGAACAGAGCGAGAUGCUGCAGGAGUUCGAAAUCGAGCGAAGUUCAAGCAUGCACAACCGAUGAAGCUCGCAGAAAGCUCGAUAGCGUUCAGUUCUUCGCCAUUAACCUCCCAGAAGCCUCCCAUGGCGUGUUCGAUCAACGAUACAUAACAAAUUGCCCGAUCAAGUGUCGAUUGCAUAGCGUUGGUAACUCGGGUUUGAAUGCGUUGCGUUCAAACAACUUGUAUUCUGUCGACCACAGUGGUUGGAACUCUGUGGAGGAAUUAGGUUUGAGGAUGAACGAAGUUUUCAACGUGACGAACGAAAAUUGCAACGGGAAUUGCGUCAGCUAUGAUCCCAGAACCAUUUACAGAAACCAGCAGCAUAUUCCCACAGGAAACAACAUCGAUACGUCCAGACUAACUAAUCUUCAAACCCUGAGCGAUUCUAACCGGCAGUUUGUCAACUGCAUUUCAUGCGCGAAUUGUUAUCGAUGCUUGGGGGUUAAUGGAACGAAGCAGAGCAGAACUCCUGUUCCAUUUUCUGAUCAGUGCAAUGGUUUGACGGUUGGCCCUGGGAUUCGUCAGCAAGCGAGUUAUGGACCCUUCCCUCAGCAGCUUCUUCAGAAUGGUCUGAAACCGGGCGUCAUGAGUCAACAGUUAGAUAGUUGUUACGCUGAGCCUUCGAGCAAUCAACAACCCUGCGUGGAAACAUGGCGGAUUCCUGGAUACCGCAAUGGGAGUCUAAGAAACUCCAAUUAUUUGAGCAAUCAGGCCACCGAUAGUUCUCAGAAGGUGCAAGGUGCCUCUUACGAGGAUCGAGUUGAUCAUUGGUCGCGUUUGAACCCUUCCCUUCCUUAUGAGAAUCUUUUGAGAGCAAUGACCUAUCCCAAUGGUGUCUUCGUGGAGAAUGGACAACAACUUGAACAAAAUGCUCAGGAUGGUGCCAAGAGUUUCAUGAGGCCAAUCUUGAAAGGCUCCAAUAAUGCUAAUAUCAAAGUGAAUUAUUGAUCUGUGCGGAAAGUUGCUUUUAUCCUCGUGUAUGAAUCGCUGGGUGGCAUUACAUAAGACUGAGUCGAAGGAAGAGAAUCGGUUGGUUGUUUCUCGUCUUGCGAUAAGUUGAGCUCAUGCGAAUAAUCAACGGAAAUAUCGCGACCUCACUGGCUGUGCUUAUCUUUGUAAACAAGUCGAUUGAGGAACGACAGAAAUCUUUUUGAUGGAAAUUUGCUUAAUAUUGAGUUAAUAUUGAGGAGGUGGUUACAAAAGAUUUUGCUAAUCAGAAUUUGAAAGCUUGAAACGAUUAGUGAUAGACUGUCUUUCAUAAUCAGUAUUCUGCAUCUUGUGACAGAUUAUUCUUUGAGUAUACAGGGUAAGAAACUUAGGGCUGACCGUUUGGAAGAACUUAUUUGCUUUUGAUGAGUGUAAAAUAUAUUUCGAAGUAAUUUUGGAUUAGUAGUUUUUUUUACAUGUGGAAGUGGAAAUAUAAAGGAUAUAUGAAGGUCGAUAGUAAAUGCGAUAAAAAACUCUUUAUAAAAAGACUCCAUUUACUCCUUCGUGCUCGUGAUAUCAUUUUAUCAAUCUACUUUAUUAUUAUUACAUCAACUGUGUUUUACUUUUAAAGAUUGUGAUUCAAGAUUAGUACAGUACUUGAGAUCAUGUUCAGUACGAUUUUUCAGCAUAAUAAUAAAACAAUUUUUUUCUACUAAAUUUAAUUAAAAUUUUUCUAUUUAAUUUAAAAAUUUCAUUGAAUUUAGAUGUGAUCACUGUUAGAAAAAAGGAAGUUGACUUUUGUUGUUUCCAUAAACCGAAAGCAAAUAAAUUUUUCACUUCGUUAGGCUUAGAUGUCACACUCGGCAUAUUUAUCAUAAUUUCUAAACAUUUAGUUUAAGUAUAGAGAAUAAAUGGUAGUUACUAAUAAUCGCGUUACUAAAACGAGACACCUUUCACAAGUCUUGUGUAAACCAAAGUUCCUAAUAAUUAUUAGUAAUAAUUUUGUAGGAUAAAGUAAUAUUUUAUUUUACACCAAAGAUCAAUAGAGUGUAUUAAUUAGAUAAUUGUGUAAUCGUUUUCGGCUAUUGUUGCAAUCGUAUUAAUCCAUUUGUGGAUUGAACUUUAUAUAAUUUUAUUUUAUUUCUUACCGUAUUUGCAAGAUCGUUUUCAGUUUCCUUUUUCUGAAUCCCCUAGGUUUCGGCUCUUUAUGAUAAUAUUAUAAACCGGCAUGUAGACUUUUUAAUAUCUCGCUUAUUAUUGCAUGUUACUAUAUUAAUCGAAUAAUUUAUACCAUCGUGACGAAUAUUAGCCAAAAUAACAUAGAAUAUUAAAGCUUCGACGAAGUUAAAAUUUAUUACAAACACUGACAACAAG